UUCUGAAGUAGUUGUGCCAUUGCCUGUCCUACUUUCAUACUUUCCGUCUUUAUUUCAUUUGGAUGGCGGACCGCAAAGCGAGACUCGCCGCUUUGGCAGCUCGCGCUGGACGUGGCAGCAUUCCGGACGCGCCGUUGGAAGGGGCAAAUGAACCGGGUGAAACUGUCAUCCCGGAGGAGCCGACCCUGGCACCAGAAAUGGCAUUGACUGAUCCAGCUGUCUCUCUUCGCAAAAACAAACCCGUUGAUAAAAGUCUCCCGCUCGGAGAAUCCGAACCAGCUAGUAAGCGAGCCAAACCGGAUUCCUCCGACACGAACAAUGCACUCCAACAGGCACUGGUCAAGGCCAGGGCGGAAGCUUCGCUAGCCACCGUUGCGAAUACCGAAUAUAUUGCCUCCGUAGCACCGCGGAAAAUCAACGACGAUUUGAAACGAGAUGUACAGCCAAAGUUGGAUAAAUUGGAACGCCGUACCCACAAAGCUAUUGUGGAAUUGCUCAAGGCGAGGCUGGAGCAAGAGGCUGCUGCGGAAGAAAUCGAUUGAAUUUCGGCUAUUCUCCAGCGUGUGAUUCACACACACGCUACGUGUUUCUGCUGUCUAAUCCAUUCUUAUAGUAAAUUUUUAUAUUUGGGGCGCU